ACCAGAAAUGCAACAUUUUUUCUAAAGCAAUCAUUUAGAAGUAAUUGUUGUAUUGCUCUCAAUAUUUUCCGUCUUUUCUUUUCAUUUUGAUAUCUCUUCUACUUCUUCUUCUUCUUCUUAUCUUCUUCUAUUUAAGGUCUAAAAUAUUGAAACUCUGUUCAAGGGAAGGAUUAGAAAAAAAAAAAAAAAAGUUGAUAGGAAAUGGAUUCAAAUUCAAAAGUGUAUUCUUUUGAUGAAGUUGCAAAGCACAACCACCAGAAGGAUUGUUGGCUUAUAAUCUCUGGAUAUGUGUACGAUGUGACUUCAUUUUUGCCGGACCAUCCAGGUGGCGAUGAGCUUCUGCUACUUGCAGUGGAAAAAGAUGCGACAUUUGAUUUUAAGAGCGUUGGACAUAGCGAAUUAGCUCAAGAGAAGAUGAAAAUGUAUCGAAUAGGGAAGAUCGACAUGUCGACUCUCCCUAAGAAACAAAAUUACGUGGAAAGUACACCAUAUCAGCCAACUCCGAGUCUAUUUUCCUUCUCACCCAUCCAUGUUCUACUCCCUAUUUUGCUCUUGGCCUUGGCUUUUGCGUUUCCCUACUUCAAACUUAAGGCCUAAAAUUCAUAAGUUUCCAUUUCUAUUUUACUUUCCCACAAGGAUUAUAGCCUAUGGGCUAUACAAUAACAAUUUGUAGCAACUUCAUUAUUGAAUGAUUCAAUGGAAUUUUUACGUCUUUAUCAUGAA